UGUUUGGUGCGGGUAAAGCUAUUUGAAUGGAGAUAAAAAUAUGUUUUGAAUAGAACAGGAAGGAAGGAAGUCGUUGCUUUGCUAAAGGAAGUGAUUAGGUUUGCCAUUAGCAGAACUUAUGAACGGAUUAUGGAAAGGGAACCCAAGUUUGAUUAUGUGUCCAUACACAUGAAUAAUCGAUAAUCGUGCUUAAAAAAGAUGAUGUUUCAUAGAAUCUGUAAAACUGUCUUAGAUCUCCAUUAAAAAUGAAUCCCCGACAUGCAAGUCUUACUGUCCUUUCCUAAUCCAAAAAAUUUCAGGGACUGACAACAGUCUUUAAGUCUAAUUCUGAGAAGGUUCGCAAAACUGUUCGCAACAAUAGCCUCCAAGAGCAUUAAAACCAAAAAGUAUUUCUCAAAUACCCUCAUUCCUGGAAACACUCGAUGAUUUUGAAGAUACUCAGCACCUGGCAGUAUGCAAUCAAUGUUUCACUCACAUUCCUGUGAUCACCUACAGAGCAUUUUUGGGACAUUUUGUGGCCUAUGAAGUGAAACAUCUAAGCUUUCAUAGCUUUUAACUGCAGACUAAAAUUUGAAGGAAAAUCUAUUGCAUACCUUUGGGCGGAAAUAUUUAGGACAAAAACAGCAAAUUACACGCCCAUCGUUUGAAUGAUUUGCUUCCCAUCGCUUUUGUGAUAAAGCAAGCGCAUCGGAAUUGCAUCGAAAGCAGCUUUUACAAAAAAUUAGAAAACUUUCUCCGCGCACAAACACUCCCGAACCAUCAGGGCGUAAAGUGCAAACGGAAUCAUCACUCGGCUGCACAAGAGAAAAGUAAAUCAGGGAACCGAGAAACGGGAACGGCAAAAAAGGCCCAGCCAUGUCCAGCAACGACAGCACACCGCUGAACAGCCCGCGGAAAAUCUUCGGCAAAACCGCCACGCUCGACAAUAAUGCAAUGCUCGAGUACGAGAUGAACAAAAAUCUAGAUGUCAAGUUUCGGGAGAAGGCCGACAAGGAGUUGGGCGAAACGGGCGGCGAGCUGACGUACACCAAAAUCCGUCAACUCCGGCAGCAGCUCAACAUCUACAACGAGAACCAUCAGCGUGCGCUCGGGUGCCGGCGGGAUGAUUCGUUUCUGUUGCGAUUUUUACGCGCCAAAAAGUUUGACGUCGAGAAAGCGUUCAAAAUGAUGCAAAAGUACUACAAGAUGAAGGAGGAAUACCCGGAGAUUUUCAAAGUGUCCCCACCGUCCGAGAUGAAGUUUAUGCUCGAGAUGCAAAUUCAAACCAUGCUGCCGAAGAAGGACGAACACGGACGGCAGAUUUACUUGUUUCGAGUUGAAAAAUGUGAUCCUUACAAAAUUCCAGUGGAUUACGUGUUCCGGAGUAACGUGCUAGCACUGGAGGAUGCUGUCCGAAGUCCGGAAACUCAGAUUGGUGGCUUAGUGGUAUUGCUCGAUAUGGCUGGACUUGGAUUUGCUCACGCCAGGUAUCUCUCACCACAUCUGGCGAAGAAAACGGUUGAGGUGGUGCAGGAAGCGUUCCCGCUCCGCUUUAAAGCGUUCCACGUGCUGCACGAACCGUUCUACUUCGACGCCAUACUGGCCGUGCUGAAACCAUUCCUCAAGGAUAAAAUUCGACGGCGGAUACACCUGCACGGUAAUAGCAUAAGCUCGCUGCAUAAGUACGUCUCCAAGGACCUGCUGCCGGCGGAGUACGGUGGCAACCUUGGUCCGUUCGAUAACACCGAAUGGCGCCAGACGAUACUGGACAACGAGCAGUACUUCAUCGAUCUGGAAACGUACAAUCAUCUGUCGGAGAGCUGCUACCAGCUUGGACCAUCCAAUGGCGGUGAUGGGGAUGCGGAAAGCAUUGACAGUCUGCAGUUCGGUGACACGGAAACCGAGGACAGUGAGUUCGAUGAGGAUGAUCGGCGUGUACUGAGCCCGAAGCGGAAUGCUCGCUCGAUACAGAACAUUGAGGAGAUCUUCCUGAAAAAUGGAUACGACGGUAUGGCACCGAAUGUCAGUGGGACAGAUCUGGAGAAGGAAGUGGAGGAGCUUAAGUAGAAGAGAAGAUGAGCUUGCUCACCGCUAUAAAGUACAACAAGGCUAACGGCAAACGAGCUUCACUGGUGAAAGAUGGUGGAAGAUGGCAGACCAGCUUCUGGAGCUUGUUGAGCACCGUACAAGUAUUCUAUCUUCACUAUCUGAUUGUUAGUUCGCUUUCGAUUGAUAAGAUUAACAAACUCGUUGCGUUAAAGAAACCAUGAUUUAAUUUAACGAAGGAAUUGUUCAAAUAACGACAACACAAACACUAGCAAAAAAAGACUCAAGCCAAUCUGUCGAACUUCAUUCACUAAUUAGGAAGGGGCUUUAUGCACGCGUGCAGAAGUUGAUGGCCUGUUAGACUGUUAGCUUUCCAUGUGAUAGAAAAUACGAAUGAAUCAAUAAACAAAGCGAAAGAGAGAGCUCCCAUCAAAGGGAGUUAUGUCUAGGCGAUAAUUCUAGUCAAUUUAAAGAAGGGUUUAGCAGAUUAGAUUAUAUUUUUACAUCAGGAGACCUCGGGACAACAUUGAGAGAAUGCAAAACCACACAACAAAACUUAUCACUAGCUGCAGGAGAGAUACAUAAAACAGGGGGGCAGUUUGCUCGUCCUUUACCAUGCCAUGCGGGUUCUGUUAUUGGCAUUGGACUUUUUUAAUUCAAUUUAAUCAAUUCCGAAUGCGGACGGGCAAAAGCAGGCAGACAAGCUGUCAGUCAAAGCUGUGGGCAGAAAGUUUUCCUUUCUGCUAGAGCUGAACGCCGAGCGCUCGAUGGAUGGAAAACUCAAAAACAAAAACUUUAUCAAAGUAGAAUCGGUAGAGAGGAAAGAGAUGGAGGAGAAGGAGGAGGGAUUUUUGGUAUCAAGUUUAUUUAUUUAGUUUUAAACAAACUUAUUCAACGCUAGUCAAUUUAGUCUAAGUGCCACACUACUGCUAUGAACUUAUUCCAACGUAGCCGGUAGAGGUGAUCCAUCGUACACCAAAAACACAAAUCGUACACGAUACGCAUCAAUCCCGCCCCAAGUGUUAUAAUGAACUGAUACAAACAAUCAAACAAAUAGACAGAGAGAGACACAGAGAAAGAGAGGGAAUGAAAAUUCGAAAAUGCCCUACAAUAUUUAGCUAGAGCCUGUUUGCGCUAUUCACAUUCAAAUGUAUCAAUAGAAAUAUUUAAAGCGGAAUGCAAGAUGAAAUGAGCAAGAGCAAUUUAAAAAGCGGAUGAAUUGAAGAAUAAUUAAACGCAAUUCUAACAAAAAAAAAACACACUAGCGAUUGUUGAUUAAAAUUUAGCAAAAUGUAACAAUGACAAUUAUCAAAACCACAAAUAAAGUCUAUUUUCAUUCAGAAAGCAAAAUAUUAAAAA